UUUGUUAUUAUUAUGAAUUCAAUAAAAGUAUUAAAAAUACUUCUCCAGUUUAUUUCUUCUAUAGCUGUAAUAAAUGGAAAUUUAAUUACAUUAGAUGGAGAAUGUCCAUUUGCUGAUCUUAAGCCAACACCAAUUGCAGUUGUUCCAGUUCUAAAAGGAAAAUUCAAUGCAAUCGCUGAAACAGCCCAAGGUGGUAUCAAUCGAACUGAUAUUGCUGUGACUUUGAAACAAGUUGAAUCGGACACAGUUAAAAUUACAGAUAGAUUUCUAUCGACAGAAACUGAUGAAUGUAUGGAAUUUUUGAUUUAUAUCACAGCUACAGACCAAUUAGGAGUCUAUAAAGCACAAUAUCAAGUUGCUCCCGAUACGAACUUCGUAGAAUAUACAGCAUACUUUUUAGCACUUGAUAUAUUAACUUUGAGAGCUCUUGCUAUUAUAUGUCACAAUUUACCCGAUUCAAAAUAUCAAGUUGAAAUUGCAGUACUAUCAGCAUUAACAUCAAAAUACGACGAAAUAACACAGAAACAAGUUAAAAAAGUAUUAGAGGAUAAUAAUAUAGGGUAUUUAAAUGAAUAUCUUGUCGAAAUUGAAAGAAAUGAUAAAUGUGGUUUUUCGCCAUCGGAAAUAAUUGAUUCAUUAUUACCAUCUAAAGAUGCUUUGUUACCCGGUAAAUCAUAG